AAUUCUUUACUUUAAUCUUAAACCUGAUUUGGGUUAAAUUCUAAUUCCUUUUCCAAGUCUCAGCUAGAAAAUGCAGGACAAUCAGGGCCAUGGCUUCACCUACAGUCUCAGCUCCCAAAAGAGAGAAAGAUCCAAAAAAACGAAUUGUUAUAACAGGAAUGGGGCUUGUGUCAGUUUUUGGAAUUGACAUUGAUGCAUUCUACAAUAAACUUCUUGAGGGAGAGAGUGGUAUCGGCCUCAUUGAUAGGUUUGAUGCUUCAAGCUUUUCUGUUCGAUUUGGUGGUCAGAUACGUGAUUUUUCUUCCAAAGGCUACAUUGAUGGCAAGAAUGAUCGCCGUCUAGAUGACUGCUGGAGGUACUGCAUUGUUGCUGGAAGAAGGGCCCUUGAUGAUGCCAACUUGGGUCCUCAAGUGAACUACGUGAAUGCUCAUGCCACAUCAACACUAGCAGGUGAUUUGGCUGAGGUUAAUGCAAUCAAGAAGGUGUUUAAGGACACUUCGGAGAUGAAGAUGAAUGGGACAAAGUCAAUGAUUGGACAUGGGCUUGGAGCUGCUGGUGGAUUGGAAGCCAUAGCAACCAUAAAAGCUAUCACGACUGGCUGGUUGCACCCAACUAUUAACCAGGAUAACUUGGAGCCUGAUGUCACAAUUGAUACUGUUCCCAAUGUGAAGAAGAAGCAUGAAGUCAAUGUUGCAAUAUCUAAUUCAUUUGGCUUCGGCGGACACAAUGCAGUUGUGGUUUUUGCCCCUUUCAUGCCUUAAAGAACAAUUAAUUCAUGCCAACUUGUUUUCAUUCUGCCUUAAAAAUAUGACUGAUUUGCAGAUGUUUAAUCUUGCUGAGUGACAAGAUAAGACACAGGUAUCAGAAGCAUAUUUGUUCUGACAAGUUUUGAAAAUUACGCAAAUUCACCACCAUCUUUUCAUCUUGUAAUUGAAUUCAAUGAUGAAUUUUUCUUCACUCAAUAAAAUCAACAUAUCAUUUUCCC